GCCUCUGCCUUCCCGUGGAUUGGCAGCUGUACACCGGCCGGAGACCACGACAGCUCGGCGUUGAUGAGGUUCUUCUUGGUCUCUGGCAUCCCCCCGCCUGAGCACGUGCUCGAGGAAGUGGUCUUCACCUCCACUGCCGCCUUUGGCAUGGCCUUUCUGAUCACGCUCACGGCUCUUUGCUUGUACAGGCGGCUACUGGGCAUCACCCGUGCAGCUCGCCGCCGGGCGCUAGAGGACUACAACUUCCAG